CGAACGAGUUCGUGUGUGAAUGAACUAUGAAGCGAUGAAUGAAAAUGAAGUUUCCAGCCAAAUCUAUGGGAAUGUCUUCAAGAACUUGAGAUUCUACGUUCAGUUCGUGUGUAUGACCAGUGAAGAGAACCGAACCAAUUUCCAUAACCAUCUUUCCAUCUCUGUCCCUUCCCCAUCUCAAGGCUCUCCUAUGCCGCCAAGCAAGCUCAAUCCCCUGGACAAUACAGGUAUACCAUGUUCCCAGUCUGAGAACGGUAUUGUUGGUUCCACUUCCCUCUUUUCUGAGAAGGCAGUAAAUGAACUUCUUCAACCUCCUGCUCAGGGGUCAAAUGACCAUCUCAUUGAGUUCUCUGAAGCCUUGAACAUUGUGGCAAAGGCCCUAAGGCUGGCUGCUGAAGGAAAAACUUUGGCUCAAACUGAGGCUGGUGAAUGGAGACAGAAAUAUGAGUUGGAAAGGGCACGGAAUCUACAGUUGGAACAUAAAGAGCACUUUUGGCGUGAGAAUCAAAGUGAUCUUGAUGAUGUGGGGAUGGAUAACCCAGCCGACCAACCAGCAUUAUGUGAUGAGCAGUCUAAAAGAUGUUGUGCAAGAUAUGGGAUUUGUUCCCAUGAAGUACUUUGGGAUGGCAUACAUGAUCCCGAUUCCCCAAUGGUUAGAAAGGCUUCAUUUAAACUUUCAUGGUGCUGCAAAGGUGAGCAAAGUGAUCAGCACAAACAUGUUGUCUCUUUUGAAAGAGGAAAUAUCACAACUGCUGAGCGCAGCAGUAAGCAGAUCUCAUUGAAGUGGGAAUCAUCCCCAAGGACAGUGCUCAUACUGACCAAACCAAACUCAGUUUCAGUUCGAAUUCUGUGUGUGGAAAUGAUUAGAUGGUUAAGGGAGCAGAAGAAAAUUAACAUCUAUGUGGAACCACGUGUCAGAGGAGAACUUCUGAAAGAGUCGUCAUAUUUUAACUUUUUAGAAAGUUGGAAAGAUGAGGAGGAAAUUCCGUGGCUGCAUACUAAAGUUGACAUUGUGAUAACACUUGGUGGAGAUGGCACUGUGCUAUGGGCAGCUUCUAUGUUCAAAGGACCAGUUCCUCCCAUUGUCCCAUUUUCUUUAGGCUCGCUUGGCUUUUUGACUCCUUUCUAUAGUGAACAUUACAGAGAAUACCUUGAGUCAAUAUUGAAGGGCCCUGUUGGCAUCACAUUGAGGAACCGUUUGCUAUGUCAAGUGGUAAGAGAUGCAGCUAAAAAUGAACAAGAAUCUGAAGAACCGAUGCUUGUUCUAAAUGAGGUUACUAUUGAUCGUGGAAUAUCAUCUUUCCUUACAAAUUUGGAAUGUUACUGUGACAACUCGUUUGUCACAUGUGUGCAAGGAGAUGGAUUGAUCAUAUCUACAACAUCUGGCAGUACUGCCUAUUCUCUGGCAGCUGGAGGAUCAAUGGUCCAUCCUCAGGUUCCGGGUAUUUUGUUCACACCAAUUUGUCCACAUUCCCUAUCUUUUAGGCCAUUGAUAUUACCAGAGCAUGUGAGUCUGAGGGUGCAAAUACCUUCAAAUACAAGAAGCCCAGCAUGGGCAUCAUUUGAUGGCAAGGGCAGGAAGAAGUUGGAACCGGGGGAUGCACUUGUGUGCAGCAUGGCACCAUGGCCUGUUCCUACUGCUUGUUUGGUUGAUUCUACUAAUGAUUUCUUAAGAAGCAUUCAUGAGGGCCUUCACUGGAACUUGAGAAGGCCCCAAUCUUUUGACGGCCCUCAAGAUACGUGACAUAUCAUUUUUUCUAAAAAAAAAAAAAAGGAAAAAUGCUUUUAUUCUUGUAUUGGGGAACAAAAACUCUGAACUAUCAAUUCAUGAAGUUUUCUUUUACAUAUAUAUAUAUAUAUAUAUUUCUGCAUUUUAUUAUUUUUUAUGAAAUAUAAAAUCUUCUCUCUCUUCUCGAAAAAAGGAAACUUCAUGACACAUUCUUAAUUUCAGAAGACCCAUUCCUCUUGUAUUGUACACAUUGUGGUGCCUUCUUGCACUGUUUUCUUGUGCAGUCAAUAAACAAGUGUAGAGAAUCAAGUUAUCAAAGAAAAAAGUUAUCAUGGGGUGGGGUAGAAAUGUGAUUAAGCUUUAAACUUGUUUGUGUGCGUAUAAAGAAAUGGCGGGCAAGUAGACUCCGCUACUUGAUUGAGAGAAUGAUCUAUAUAUAUAGACUUGUGUCUAUAAUCUGGGACUUCAUACAAUGAAUAAGAGUUAAGAUAUCAUUUUUCA